AAUCAUUAUUAGUCACGAGCCAAAAUGGUGUCCCCACUUCUCUUAAUUCUAUUCCUAACUCUUCCUUUCUUAUUGUUUUUCUUCUUCUUUCAAAAACAAAAGAACAAAGCCUUUCCACCAGGUCCUAAAGCCCUUCCAAUAAUUGGAAACCUUCACCAAUUGCAUUUUCCUACCCUUCAUAUUCAACUAUGGAAGCUCUCAAAAUUAUAUGGUCCUUCGUUCUCAAUCAAACUAGGUUUAAGGCCAUGUCUUGUUGUAUCCAAUUCCAAAAUGGCCCAAGAAGUGUUGAAAACUCAUGACAUUGAAUUUUGUGGAAGGCCUUCUUUUCUUGCCCAAAAGAAAAUUUCCUACAAUAGGAUUGAAAUUGCAUUUUCAGCAUACAAUGAUUCUUGGAAAGCAAUCAAGAAAAUUUGUAUUACCCAUUUCCUUAAUUCAAGUAGUGUCUCCAAAUUCUCCUCUAUACGCCAAUUUGAAGUGAAUCAAAUGAUCAAGGAGAUAUCAAUUCAAGCUUCUUCUAAAAGUGUGACAAAUUUGAAUGAUGCAAUUUUGUCACUUACCAACACUAUAAUUUCUAGAAUUGCUUUUGGAAGAAGCUAUAAAGAUGAUAAAGGAAUUAUUGUUGCUAAGAGGUUACUUGGUUUGCUUAAUGAAUCUCAAGCUUUGUUAGGAGCAUUCUUUGUUUCUGAUUAUGUUCCAUUCAUGGGGUGGAUUGAUAAACUUAGAGGUAUGCAUUCUCUUCUUGAAAGAAGUUAUCAGAAAUUUGAUGAAUUCUUGCAAGAAAUUGUCAACCAACACCUUGAUCCAAAGAGACAAAAAUCUGAUGAUGAAGAAGAAGAAGAUAAUGUCAUUGAUGUCUUAUUGAAGCUGAAGAAUGAUAAGGAGCAGUCAUUUCCAUCUGAUCUCACUUAUGAUCACAUCAAAGCUGUGCUAGUGGACAUACUUAUUGGAGGGACAUAUUCAAGUGCUGCCACAUCAACUUGGGCCAUGGCCAAUCUAAUGAAGAACUCUAAAGCAAUGAUGAAAGUUCAAGAAGAAGUUAGAAACUUCUUUGGAAGCAAAGGCUUUGUUGAUGAAGAUGAAAUAAGAAAUAAUAAUAAUGUUCUACCUUAUCUUAAGGCAGUGAUAAAAGAGACACUUAGAUUAGUGCCACCAUUACCACUAUUAUUAACAAGAGAAACAAAUGAAGCAUGCAAAAUAGGAGAAUAUGAAAUUGAAGCCAAGACAUUAGUGUAUGUUAAUGCAUGGGCAAUUCAAAGGGAUCCUGAAAUUUGGAAAGACCCAGAAGAGUUUUAUCCUGAGAGAUUCUUGAAAAGUUCAAUUGAUUUUAAGGGUCAAGAUUUUGAGCUGAUUCCAUUUGGUUCUGGAAGGAGAAUUUGCCCUGGAUUGAAUAUGGGAGUUGCAACGGUGGAGAUUAUUGUUGCUAAUCUUCUUUUUUGGUUUGAUUGGGAGAUUCCAAUUGGGAUGGAAGACUUGGAUAAUAAUGAAGUCAAACCAGGGAUUGUUCAUAGCAAAAAGAAUCCUCUUUAUCUUAGGGCCAAGAAUUAUUAUCAUAUGGGAGUAAUUAAUGAAUGAAUGAAUGGUAGCUAUAUAUAAUUGGGUCAUAAAAUAAAUGUAAUUUGGUAGGAACGUCUUUAGUUAAAUUUCAGCCUACUAUAAUAUUGAAAUAAUUUAAGUAA